AUGGGCGCGGACCGAAACCUUGCUGAAGACACAGCGUCGAUUGCUGAAUUCCUCGCGGAAGAAAUCGGUCGGUCGAUCAAAAAACCCAUCGCAUCGUCGCAGUAUGACGACGCUUUUUCCUCCUUCGAGUUGGACUCGCUUCAGGCUGUCGGUCUCAUCGGCGAGGCGGAAACACAUCUCGGUAUCGAGAUCUCCCCAACGAUGGUUUACGACCACCCCACCAUCAACAAACUGGCAUCAGCUCUCGCCAGUAUGGUUAAUGCCACUUUAGGCGCAGAUGACCCGCAACCUUUGAAAACUCAGCCGAGUACGCCUGCGGACGAUCCGUCGACUCACGGAGACGCGCCCGUUGCACGGGUGGCGGAGACGAAACCGGCAUCCGCCAUCGCGAUUAUCGGGAUGGAGGUGCGCGUUCCCGGUAGGGCGGGAGUCGCGGAUUUCUGGACGUCUCUUAAAGAGGGUCAAAGUCACAAUGUAAACAUCGAUCCGGCGCUUUUUUGCUAUGUCAGAUGUCGAAGCCGCAACAAGCGACCCGCAACAUCGAUUUCUCUUGAAGCGACGGAGCAGGCAUUCAGGGAUGCCGGCAUCAACCCCGACAACCUGAAGGGACGGCGUGUCGGCGUCUUUAUCGGCAUCAGCGCUCAGGAUUUUGCCUUCGUAAGUGUCAGGCAGCCUAAUGCUUUCUCGGGAUUGGGAAGUGCCAGCAGCAUCGCGGCCAACAGGCUUUCCUAUUUUUAUGAUCUGCGUGGGCCAAGCGUUGCUGUGGAUACGGCGUGUUCAUCCUCGCUGGUUGCGCUCGAUCUCGCAAAAAAAUCUCUUCAGGAUGGUGGAUGUGAGCUUGCCGUUGUCGGUGGCGUUAAUCUUGCCGCGACCGGGCAUCUGCAUCAUGCGCUUGUCAAAGCAGGCAUGCUUGCACAAGACGGGCGCUGCAAAACCUUUGAUGCUGGAGCUGAUGGCUAUGGGCGGGGGGAAGGGUGCGUUGUCCUCGUCCUCAAGCCUGAGGACGCUGCCCGUGACGACGGAGAUCGGAUCUAUGCACGCAUUGCGGGCUGCGCUGUCAAUCAGGACGGGCGCAGCAACGGUAUCACGGCCCCCAACGGACCCUCUCAGGUUCAUGUCAUCAAGGAUGCCAUUCGGGAUGCAGGCAUCAGUAUCGAUGAG